UUUAUUGUUUGAGCAUUACUUCAAAAUUUCGUCGCUCAGCCAGGGGAACUUUAAUUGUUCAUUGCUCUUUCUUUCUUUUCGAAUUUUCGAGAAUAUCCUAAUUCUCUUCUCACUUCAACUCUUUGCGAUCUCUUUUUUUCUUUUCUUUCUUUGUUCCUUUUCAUCACUCCCCACAAAACAGCGAGCGUAAUUCGGUUUUGGAGGAUCAGGUUCUAGAAUUUUCCUCUUCUUCAGGAGCUGAACAGAAUUCAAUUAGGAAUUGUUGCUUUUAAAGAAUUUUGUUGGGAUUUCACGAGUCAAUUCAUGUUUCUAGGUCAUCUCUGAAUCCGGAAUUUGUGACGAGGAGCUGCAAAUGAGUGUUGAGAAGCCAUGAAGAAGGUAAGGAGAAAGAUCGGAAAGUAUGAGGUGGGUCGAACUAUUGGGGAAGGUACGUUUGCCAAGGUUAAAUUCGCAAAAAACACCGAGACAGGGGAGAGCGUGGCUAUUAAAGUGAUGGCUAAGGCCACCAUUCUCAGGCACAAAAUGGUUGAACAGAUUAAAAGAGAGAUAUCCAUUAUGAAGAUUGUCCGGCAUCCUAAUAUAGUUAGGUUGCACGAGGUUUUGGCCAGCCAGACCAAGAUCUACAUAAUCCUCGAGUUUGUAAUGGGAGGGGAAUUAUAUGAUAAAAUUGUUCAGCAGGGAAAGCUUUCUGAAAAUGAAUCUAGGCGCUACUUUCAACAACUUAUAGAUGCUGUUGCUCAUUGUCACAGAAAGUGUGUGUACCAUAGAGACUUGAAGCCUGAAAACCUUCUUCUUGAUGCUUACGGAAAUUUGAAGGUUUCUGACUUUGGAUUGAGUGCAUUGACUAAGCAGGGUGUUGGCCUUCUUUACACCACAUGUGGGACCCCAAAUUAUGUUGCCCCUGAGGUGCUCAACAAUCGAGGUUAUGAUGGUGCAGCAGCUGAUGUUUGGUCAUGUGGAGUCAUCCUAUAUGUCCUAAUGGCUGGAUAUCUUCCUUUUGAGGAGACAGACCUUCCAACACUGUACAAAAGGAUCAUUGCCGCAGAAUUUGUUUGCCCAUUCUGGUUUUCUGCUGGGGCAAAGACAUUGAUACAUAAAAUUCUGGAUCCGAAUCCUAAAACUCGAGUGAAAAUAGAAGAAAUAAGGAAAGAUCCAUGGUUCCAGAGAAACUAUGUUCCUGUCAAACACAGGGAAGAUGAGCAAGUGAAUUUGGCUGAUGUUCAGGCUGUUUUUGAUGAUAUUGAGGACCAUUUUGUUGCUGAACGAUCAGAGAUUACUGAGGGAGGUCCUUUGAUAAUGAAUGCAUUUGAGAUGAUUACAUUAUCACAAGGGUUGAAUCUUUCACCGCUAUUUGACAGGCAUGAGGAUUAUGUAAAGCGGCAAACUCGUUUUGUUUCCCGUAAACCAGCAAAAGUUAUACUUUCAUCUAUUGAAGCUGUUGCAGAGUCAAUAGGUCUUAAGGUCCAUUCUCGCAAUUACAAGAUGAGGCUUGAAGGAGUUUCUGCAAAUAAGGUUGGACAAUUUGCGGUGGUCUUGGAGGUGUAUGAAGUUGCCCCAUUCCUUUUCAUGGUAGAUGUUCGAAAGGCGGCUGGGGAUACUCUCGACUAUCACAAGUUUUACAAGAAUCUUUGUUCCAAACUAGAAAACAUUAUUUGGAGACCGGCAGAGACUAUACCAAAUUCUAGUCUGCUUCGACAAAUGACUUUCUAAUCGUGUUCUUGCGGGUGUGAUGCAAAUAGAAAUAGUAGAGCACUGAAUGCUGCAGCUGCUCCCCGAGUCUACCAAGAACUGGCAUGGUUUCCAGCCAUCAUAAUUCUACGUCCACUGCUUGAGACGUGUUUGGAAUGGCUGUCGCUGCCAAACUAGAACAUGGCUUUAUAUCUUAGGGGAACGAAGGAAAAACUAUUGCACUGCAUCCUGUAACAAACCUACCCCGUAAUGGUUUACAACAUCAAUCCAUUAUUUGGUUCGGACGGAAAUGGUAUAAAGUAUAAAUAAAAACAAUGAAAUUUGUUUUUCCCUCCUGAGGUCUGUUUGCAAGAAUCAUUAAGAAGGUCUCUUUCUGGGGGGGCCCGAGCCAUCAGUGAGAUACCACUCUGGAAGAGCUAGAAUUCUAACCUUGUGCCAGGACCUACGGGCCAAGGGACAGUCUCAGGUAGACAGUUUCUAUGGGGCGUAGGCCUCCCAAAAAGUAACGGAGGCGUGCAAAGGUUUCCUCGGGCCGGACGGAGAUUGGCCCUCGAGUCAUUUAUGCCCCUGUGAUUUUUUUUAUCACAUAUGUCCCUGUGCUUUGUAAAAAAUAAGAAACCACAGGGGUAUAUGUGAUAAAAAACAUAUCAUUUCACAAAUCACAGGGGCAUAUGUGAUAAGAAAAAAACUACAGGGCAUAAGUGAUUCUGAAGUAAAUCACGGGAGCAUUUGUGAAUUUUUUUCAAUAAUAUACGGUGAUAGAUGGAAAAAAG